AUGUCUGCCUACUGGACACCAGACUUCCCAUAUUCCACUGGGCAGGAACUCUGCAUUUGUUCACACACACCACCUCCUCCUAUAAAUGACCGGUAUCCGUUUGAUUAUGCAGAGUAUUUAAAGAGGAGAGAUAUGCACCCAGUCGAUGUAUGCCUUCUUUAUCCUCCAGCAAAAGGUGUAGCGGAGAAGACCACAGUCCGGCUUCAAGUUCUUGAGGAAAUCAGGACAGGAUCUUUCCAUGGCUCCCAAGUUGUUUCUGUCAAUAUUCUUGAUCAACUUGAAAAUAUACCACCCAACACAAAGUUAGUGGCUAAAUUUUAUGACCCACUUUACAUUGACGGCAGUGAUUACGAUGAUGUCUUUUACCUGGCAGACAGAGCCUACUCCAUUGAAUCUGCAGUCUAUCAGAGACUUCAUGAGCUUCAGGGAAGAUGUAUUCCAAGAUUCUAUGGUUCAUUUACCAUGGAAUUAUGGAUUCCUGAAAGAAAUGCCUCUCGCUCUGUUCGAUUAAUACUCGUUGAAAAAAUACCAGGUGUGCCAAUGAACAAACUUAGCCCAGACAACUUCACUCAAGAGGAACGACAGAGCAUUUUGAAACAAAUUAUUGAUAUAGAGUCUGAGAUAUAUGCGCGUGAUAUUGUGAAUCGUGACUUGGAGCAAAGAAAUAUCAUCAUAAGUACACCAAGCAACAAUUUGACUGUGAUUGACUUUGGACACUGUCGCAUUGACCUUGAAAGGCCACGGUUUCAUGAGAAGUUGAAGGCUAAACUAUUUCCUGGUAUGUAUAUUUCUCCUCUUUUACGCUGGGGUAAAAUAAAUCGAGGUGACGAGCGUUUCCCUGAAUGGAUGGACUGGGACUGGCAAACCUGGCUUGAUGAACAGUAUGCAGCAACUCAAGCCUCUAUUACAUCUGAGAUGUGGUCAAUUUGGGGCCUAUGUCAAUGUCCUAACAGUGAUAUAUUGCCAUAA